UGCGACAGGCUGCUGAAAAGUGUGAGUUUGGUGAACAAUUUACCGUGUAUCCAACCCCUUCACCUGCGCACGUUAGGGAGGGCCGGCGUGACGGCCAGGUACGGAAGCCCAGAGGGUUCCGCCCACCGCCACGGGGCCCCGCCCCUCCGUCUCUCUACCCUCAGGUUGCCCAGCCCGCGGCGCCGCCGGGCUCCUCCUCCUCGUUUCAGCCCCGCCGGCCGCGGGCGCGGGGGACGUCGGCGCUGCCAACGUGGAAACAGCGGCGGGGCGCGGGAGGAGGAAGUAACGCCCCGGACCGCCGGGCCACCACCGGCCGCCUUAGCCAUGGACGCGACCCUGGAGAAGAUAGCAGACCCCACGCUGGCUGAAAUGGGAAAAAACUUGAAGGAGGCAAUGAAGAUGUUGGAGGACAGUCAGAGAAGAACAGAAGAGGAAAAUGGAAAGAAGCUCGUGUCGGGGGAUAUUCCAGGGCCACUCCAGGGCAGUGGACAAGAUAUGGUGAGCAUCCUCCAGCUGGUUCAGAAUCUGAUGCAUGGAGAUGAAGACGAGGAGCCCCAGAGCCCCAGAAUCCAAAAUAUUGGAGAACAAGGUCAUAUGGCUUUGUUGGGACAUAGUCUGGGAGCUUAUAUUUCAACUCUGGACAAGGAGAAGCUGAGAAAACUUACAACUAGGAUACUUUCAGAUACCACCUUAUGGCUAUGCAGAAUUUUCAGAUAUGAAAAUGGCUGUGCUUAUUUCCACGAAGAGGAAAGAGAAGGACUUGCAAAGAUAUGCAGGCUUGCCAUUCAUUCUCGAUAUGAAGACUUCGUAGUGGAUGGCUUCAAUGUGUUAUAUAACAAAAAGCCUGUCAUAUAUCUUAGUGCUGCUGCUAGACCUGGCCUGGGCCAAUACCUUUGUAAUCAGCUCGGCCUGCCCUUCCCCUGCCUGUGCCGUGUACCCUGUAACACUAUGUUUGGAUCCCAGCAUCAGAUGGAUGUUGCCUUCCUGGAGAAACUGAUUAAAGAUGAUGUAGAACGAGGAAGACUGCCCCUGUUGCUUGUUGCAAAUGCCGGAACUGCAGCAGUAGGACACACAGACAAGAUCGGGCGAUUGAAGGAACUCUGUGAGCAGUAUGGCAUAUGGCUUCACGUAGAGGGCGUGAAUCUGGCAACAUUGGCUCUAGGUUACGUCUCCUCGUCAGUGCUGGCUGCAACCAAAUGUGAUAGCAUGACGAUGACUCCAGGUCCGUGGCUGGGGUUGCCAGCUGUUCCUGCAGUGACACUGUAUAAGCACGACGACCCUGCAUUGACUUUAGUUGCUGGUCUUACAUCAAAUAAGCCCGCAGACAAACUCCGUGCUCUGCCUCUGUGGUUAUCUUUACAAUACUUGGGACUUGAUGGGAUUGUGGAAAGAAUCAAGCAUGCCUGUCAACUGAGUCAACGGUUGCAGGAAAGUUUGAAGAAAGUGAACUACAUCAAGAUCUUGGUAGAAGAUGAGCUCAGCUCCCCAGUGGUGGUAUUCAGAUUUUUCCGGGAAUUGCCAGGCUCAGAUCCAGUGUUUAAAGCUGUCCCAGCGCCCAACAUGACACCUUCAGCAGUCGGCCGGGAGAGGCACUCGUGUGACGCACUGAAUCGCUGGCUAGGAGAACAGCUGAAGCAGCUGGUGCCUGCGAGUGGCCUCACAGUCAUGGAUCUGGAAGCUGACGGCACAUGUGUACGGUUCAGCCCUUUGAUGACAGCAGCAGUUUUAGGAACUCGGGGAGAGGAUGUGGAUCAGCUUGUAGCCUGCAUACAAAGCAAGCUGCCAGUGCUGAGCUGCACGCUUCAGUUGCGCGAAGAGUUCAAGCAGGAGGUGGAAGGAACGGCAGGUCUCCUAUACGUUGAUGACCCUAACUGGCCUGGAAUAGGGGUUGUCAGGUAUGAACAUGCUAAUGAUGAUAAGAGCACUUUGAAAUCAGAUCCUGAAGGGGAAAAAAUCCAUGCUGGACUCCUGAAAAAGUUAAAUGAACUGGAAUCUGACCUAACAUUUAAAAUAGGCCCUGAGUAUAAGAGCAUGAAGAGCUGCCUGUACGUGGGCAUGGCGAGUGACGACAUUGAUGUUGUGGAGCUCGUGGAGACCAUUGCGGCCACAGCCCGGGAGAUAGAGGAGAACUCGAGGCUUCUGGAAAACAUGACAGAAGUGGUUCGGAAAGGAAUUCAGGAAGCUCAGGUCGAGCUGCAGAAGGCAAAUGAAGAACGGCUUCUGGAAGAGGGGGUGUUGCGGCAGAUCCCCGUCGUGGGCUCCGUCCUGAAUUGGUUUUCUCCAGUCCAGCCUCUACAGAAGGGAAGAACUUUUAACUUGACAGCAGGCUCUCUGGAGUCCACAGAACCCAUAUAUGUCUACAAAGCACAAGGUGCAGGAGUCACCCCGCCUCCGACGCCCUCGGGCACUCGUACCAAGCAGAGGCUUCCAGGCCAGAAGCCUUUUAAAAGGUCCCUUCGAGGUUCAGAUGCUUUGAGUGAGACCAGCUCAGUCAGUCACAUUGAAGACUUAGAAAAGGUGGAGCACCUGUCUGGCGGGCCGGAGCAGAUGACCCUCGAGGCCAGCAGCACGGAGGGACACCCAGGGGCGCCCAGUCCUCGGCAUGCUGACCAAACCGAGGCCCUCAAGAAGGGGGCCCUGCGCCCAGAAGUUGACUACCCACAGGUAGAAGGACUAGAGAGCUUAAGAUAAAAUUCAGUGUGUGGUUUGAGACUGUACCGAGUAUUGUUUCAGGGAAGAGAAGUGAUAACUGGAAAUGUGAACUGUGCCACAUACUAAUACAAUAGAAAUUACUGUUAUUUGUGCUUCACUGGGAUUUUUGCACAAAUACGUGCCUGAAAAGUAGGCUUUCUAGGAGGGCAGUCAACUUGUCUAACUUCUUGUGUGUGUAGAAUCACCAGGAACCGUAUGCUGUCCUACUCAGCUGUAGUAAUACCACUUUUUCCUAAGUUACCGUAAACACUUUUUAUUCACAAAAAAACACUUGAAAUUCUAAGUGUCUGCCACUUGAACCUUUGCUCUUUCUAAACAUAAGCAGAAGUUAUGAGGUUGCACAUGGCAACUUUUUGGUAAACAGCUUUUCGUUAGCACUCUCCAGGUUCUCUGUGACACUUCAGAGAGGCGAGACUGGCUGCGUUGUCUGUGUUAGUCAGUCUCUAUUACAAGUUAAUCACACUAGAGACUGACUAAUACACAACUAGACUGCCAGGCUUAAAAGAGCAUGGGUGCUCUGGGGAGUGUACAUCAGAGCAUCAGAAGCCCUCUCCCACCAUCCCCCGCUGCUGCUCUUCCUGGAGACUUAGUAAGGACUGUGUCCACUUGAGCUGUGGCAGGGCUUCUGUCGGGGACUGUGCCCUGCCACAAACCCACUUCUCCCUUUGUAUACUGUUUGUAAACAAAUUUAAGGACUGAUCUAUUCAGAGAAACUGUAAAGUCUCCUGACCAUAUAUGUAUAUUUUUAAAUACUGGUAAAGCUUUUAAAUUGGCACACAAAUACAGACUGUGCUCAUUUUUAUGUUUAUUAUCUAAAAACCUGAUAGAUGCUACCCUUAGAGCCUGCUAUUCCAGGUGCUGUGAAGCACCCCCCUGGGUUAAAAUCUGAAAGCAAGUAUCCCUUUGACCUUCCCCUACGGAAGCUUCUGUAGCUUCUACUGCCCUGGCAGCUCACCUGGGCCCAACUCAGUCACAAGCCAGCAGAGCACUCUCUCAUGCUGAUCCAGCCAGGCUCCUUGCUUAAGUCAGUAGAAGCUCACUGUUACUGCCCGUUACUACUUUUCCGAAGUACUGGCCCCUGUGCCUUCUUAGUCCAGCAGAGUCAAGCUUUUGAGAGACCUGAAAAUGGGGAAUUCACACUGGGUUUGUGGACUGUAGUACUGGAAGCCUUAGUUAUACCACAUUCAGCCUAUAAUUACACUCUGAUUUGAUGGGUUUUUUUUUUUUUUUUUUUUUUUUUUGGUGCAAAUGAUUAAACAAAGUCUUCCCUGUUUAUUUGGUGCAAUGAAGUAUAGCAGAUAAAAUAGGGGUGGGGUAAAUUAUCACCUUUAACAAGAUUCAAUGUUUUUAUAUAUAUUUGGAAUUGUUAAAUUGGUUUUGCUGAGACAUUUCACCCUUGAGAUACUACUUGAAUGUUGGUUUCAAUAAAGGUUCUUGAAAUUGUUACCAGU